CUGGCAUGCUUUAACGAUACCCAACUCGUUAUUCACCCCCCCCCCCCCUUCGAGCAGCAUUUAGCCAACUUCAACCAUGGGCAUCCUCGGGUGGUUCUACCUGCUUGUCAGGCAUCCUGACGAUGUUCGGACAUUGGUGCAAUAUAAGUUGUUGUAUGAGCCUCCUCUCCCUGCUGCACCUUGGGCGUCUGGAAUACUCCAACCCAUCCACAUUCUGGAAUUCAGGACCCACAUAUGAGCAACCCGAUACACGGGUAUUGUGGCUCAAUGUCCAUGAAACUAUUAGCCGUCCUCGAACACACUGCUUUCUUCACACCUAUACUCUUCAAAAGAACGCACAAGGAUGUUGCGUUGUUAUGGUGACUCUUGCCACCCCUCUCCCUACUGCACCUUGGGCGCCUGGAACACUCCAAUCCAUCGGGGCCCUUCACAUGACUUGCAGUCAGCCCUAGAUGCGUUACCCAGGAUGAUCUGGGAUCCAUGGAGCAGCAUAUGACCCGAUCCAUGGGUGAUCGCGGCUCUAGUCUCAUGGCUCGUCGUGAAGCUAUUGGCAGUUCAACAAAUCGUUAUCAUGAUCAAUACUCCAGCGGAAUUCAUGCUGGGCAAAUGAAGGCCAGGCUACCUCCGCCUUGAUAUGACCGCUCCUGAUUAUGUAGUGGUGAACUCUUUCGCCAACCUGAGGAAGGGACGAGGCUCAUUUGUAACACAUACUAUGUACUGCCGAUAUGCUAGCAGCAACGAAUGAUCUACUCUUGCACUUUUUUCGCUUGUACCCAUGCCUAUAUUGCCAAGGCAUGUGGUUUGUUCAUCCCCAAAUCCAUUUGCAAUGUUUCCCCAGUUAUCAUAUCAAGGUAACUGACAACUGAUCGCGUUCGGUUUCCCCGGCGCCAAGGGACGUAUAAACCUCAAUUCCAUGCGAUUUCGACUCAAACCACAAAAUGGGUCGAUUCU